CAGCAUAUUUUGAUCCCUUCGUCAACUCUAAACCCCUCCCCAAAACUCCCACCCAGAAUCCCUGAGCUUUUCCAAAAUGCUCUCCUCCUCUUCCCUGCGGUGCCGAGCUCCCUCUCUCCUCCCCAACCCUAACCCUAACCCUAACCCUAACCCUAACCCUAACCCCUCCAUCCUCCUCCUCCGCCCCCAGGGACGCCGCUGCCGCUGCCGCUGCCGCUGCCGCCGCUUCGCCCCGCCGGUGCUGGCCAUGGACGCGGCCCAGCCGUUCGACUUCGAGUCGCGGGCGUCCGACCUCCUGGAGCGGCAGUCGAAGCUGAAGAUCGCCAUCGUGGGGUUCGGCAACUUCGGGCAGUUCCUGGCCCGCACCUUCGCGCGGCAGGGCCACACCCUCCUCGCCCACUCCCGCUCCGACCACUCCGCCGCCGCCGCCUCCGUCGGCGCCGCCUUCUUCCGCGACCCCCACGACCUCUGCGAGUGUCACCCGGACGUCGUCCUCCUCGCCACCUCCAUCCUCUCCGCCGAGCGCGUCCUCCGCUCCCUCCCCCUCCAGCGCCUCCGCCGCAGCACCCUCUUCGUCGACGUCCUCUCCGUCAAGGAGUUCCCCAAGAACCUCUUCCUCCAGCUCCUCCCCCCGCACUUCGACAUCCUCUGCACCCACCCCAUGUUCGGCCCCGAGUCCGCCAAGGACGGCUGGGCCGGCCUCCCCUUCGUCUACGACAAGGUCCGCCUCGCCGACGCCGACGACAGCCUCGUCCGCUGUGCUAACUUCCUCGACAUCUUCUCCCGCGAGGGCUGCCGGAUGGUCGAGAUGUCCUGCGGCGAGCACGACGAGAGCGCCGCCGAGAUCCAGUUCCUCACCCACACCGUCGGCCGCGUGCUCGCCAAAUUGGAUCUCAAGUCCACCCCCAUCAACACUAAGGGGUACGAGAUGCUGCUCAAGCUGGUGGAGAACACCUGCAGCGACAGCUUCGAUCUCUACAACGGGCUCUUCAUGUACAAUAAGAACUCCACCGAGCUGCUCGAGCGGCUGGACGUCGCCUUCGACUCGCAGAAGAAGGAGCUCUUCGGACGGUUGCACGACCGGCUGAGAAAGCAGUUGUUCGAGAGCUCACAGAAUUUGACGGGGAGUUCCCACCCAGAAUCCCUGAGCUUUUCCAAAAUGCUCUCCUCCUCUUCCCUGCGGUGCCGAGCUCCCUCUCUCCUCCCCAACCCUAACCCUAACCCUAACCCUAACCCUAACCCUAACCCCUCCAUCCUCCUCCUCCGCCCCCAGGGACGCCGCUGCCGCUGCCGCUGCCGCUGCCGCCGCUUCGCCCCGCCGGUGCUGGCCAUGGACGCGGCCCAGCCGUUCGACUUCGAGUCGCGGGCCUCCGACCUCCUGGAGCGGCAGUCGAAGCUGAAGAUCGCCAUCGUGGGGUUCGGCAACUUCGGGCAGUUCCUGGCCCGCACCUUCGCGCGGCAGGGCCACACCCUCCUCGCCCACUCCCGCUCCGACCACUCCGCCGCCGCCGCCUCCGUCGGCGCCGCCUUCUUCCGCGACCCCCACGACCUCUGCGAGUGUCACCCGGACGUCGUCCUCCUCGCCACCUCCAUCCUCUCCGCCGACCGCGUCCUACGCUCCCUCCCCCUCCAGCGCCUCCGCCGCAGCACCCUCUUCGUCGACGUCCUCUCCGUCAAGGAGUUCCCCAAGAACCUCUUCCUCCAGCUCCUNCAAGAGAAC